AUGGUGCCCUAUCUGAGCAAGUAUUUGUACUCGACAUCUUCCAAGGUCACCAAAGGGGAGAGAGACGUGGUCCAAGCUUUCGCCCAGCAGCAGCAGAAGGAGCCGAAGGAGAAAGAGCGCACCGAGAGAGCAAAGUCAGAGGUGCACUGGAGAGCUUCACCAGAGGAGAACCUCGCAACUUCGCUGCAGCUGUGGCCUAUCAGCGCCUUCUGCGGUCCACAGGUGACAUUGGCAGCAACCACACCUUUACAGCCCGCCCGCGACCAUUCUCAACUGUUAACACCACUGAGCCACGCCCGCGACAGCAACCCAUGCGCAUCCAGGCCCACUCCUGAAGCUCUGAAGACCAGGCUCAGUUGGUAUCCGGCGACCAAGUACGCACUGCGCAGUACCUACCUUACACACACCACGCAACAGUCGAGACAACGACAACAGCGACGACUGCUUCCACCAGAACUAAUCAUCCAUCACAGACAACCCAAGGGCACAGAUAUCUCGCCCGACCUCAAGCGACACUGUUAUCGGGACCACUCACAUCGCAUCUCCACUCGGACUGACGUCCUGCCCUGCUCUUGGCGUGGCUCUGCGGGUGGCCGACCAACUUCGCCCAUUUGCGCGCCCAACGGCCUGCGACUCGAACAUUCACCUUCUCCUCCGUACCUCUCGCGCCAUAUUUCGACCGCCUUCAAUUUGAACAAUUGUCCGAACCUCGAUUCGAAACUCGUUACCCACCUACCGCGACAGAGCCUCAUUCAAGCGAUCGACGACAGUCCUUUACUCCACGCAGACGAACCCCGACCACGAACACCGACCCCCUGA